UUAACUAAGUAGAAGACCCCACAUUUACCAAUAUUUACUUAGAAUGGAGGAUAAAAAACUAGAAAUUGUGAUCUCUUCAGGUUCGGUCUCACAUUCUUUCACUAGCUGUGAUGAGUGGAUGAGAAAGAUGACAACUGAAAUGACAGAAGAAACUGGUGGCAACCAACAGAAAGGGCUAAAGGUUCCGAGGGUUCCAUCGACGUUUCGUAAAAUUGAACAGAACAAGAAAUGCUACGAUCCGUCGAUGGUUUCCCUUGGACCCUAUCACCAUGGGAAGCAAGAACUCAAGGAAAUGGAGGAGCUCAAGUUUCCGAUGGCACGCCAGUUUGUAAAAGAUUGCGAAAUGCCCUUUGAAGCAAUGUGGAGCAAGGUGAAAGAAUUAAAGAUAGGUGCAAGUAAAUGCUACGUGGAGGACAUAAUAGCAAAGUUCAACAAGGACGACCAAUUCAACCAGAUGAUGUUUCUUGACGGUUGCUUCAUUCUCCAAUUCCUCAUCUGCUUCAUGCAGAAGCCCGAAAAUCUGAAGAUAAGCAGUCAUGAUGCAGUUUUGGUUACAAAGGACUUGUUUUUACUAGAGAACCAACUCCCUUUUUCUGUUCUCAAAUCAUUGAUCAGGGAGUUCGUGGGGCGCCAAAUAAAUCUCAGUGAUCAUACUUCUCAGACAAGUUGGCAAGAGGAUGAUACUCGAACGAUCUGGUACAGGUAUUAUCCUGCUGAGGAGCUUAGGGAUAUUGGAAUCCACUUCAAGCCAAGUAAGACCAGUCAUUUCACUGAUGUUCAAUUCAAGCCAACAUGGCUUGCAGGAAGACUAUAUAUUCCUCCAUUAAGCAUAGAUGACUCAACUAAGUCCUUACUUUUAAACUUGGUAGCCUAUGAAGCAACCCUUGACACAUCCAAAGAUUGGAUCACAUCUUAUGUAUGCUUCAUGGAUUCAUUGAUUGAUCAUCCUGAAGAUGUGAAGGAACUGCGAUCCCAGGGCAUACUCCUCACUACUCUUGGAAGCGACAAACAAGUAGCAGAACUCUUUAAUGAGAUAGCAAACAAUAUAGUGCCUAACCCCUACGCUUUUAUAAAGGUUAAAAGCGCCAUCGAGUCGCAUUACAAAAACACCUUUAAAAGAUGGAUCCUCCAUUAUAAGGGUCCUAUUUAUGGUAUCAUUAUUAAGUAUUCUUUUCUGUAUGGCAUUAUAGUCACUGCCUUAAAGGCCUAUGUAUCAGCAACUCCCCCGAAAACAUUUGGUAUCUGCAGAAUCCCAGAUACAAAUGUUACUCAUUACCCUUAA